CACUAGUCAUGAGCUGUGGUGAUGAUGUGGUUCCUCCUUCCUCUUGUCUACAUCGCUCUCACUGAGCUGGUGAUCUUGCAGUGUGUACAAGGUGAAGACCGGGCCAUUCUAAGAGGUGGAAACGAUCCAUGUCACGGCUACGUUGAAGUCUACCAUGGGGGCAAAUGGGGCUACGUUGGCGAUACAAACUGGGACAGGUUCUCCGAAGAAGUGGCGUGCAAAAGCACUCACUGUGGGAGUCCGGUGGAGGGUCUAACAGAAAAUGUUCUAAGGCCAAUCGGUAGCAAAGUGUGGCUCAACGAAAUGAAAUGCACAGGAAAAGAGCGUCAACUGUGGGAAUGUGGAUAUCCGGGUCCUGGUUGGGGCAUCAGCACUUACCGAAAGGCGACUGUGAAAAAGAUUAAAUGUUCAAAUAAAAUCCAAAUAACGUUGGAUGGAUUUGGAUGUGCGGGAACAGUCCGGUUCUCCACAGAUGGGGGAACAAGGGCAGGCUACUUUUGUGCUGACUUGUGGGGAAAGGAGGAAGCUGAUUUUUUCUGUAGAAACAUCAGUUGUGGUCUAUCCAAGGAGAUUGAUGUGCAUCCAUGGAUGAUUUGGAAAACAUUCCAAAACUCAAAGAGGAUGCUGGUCAACUGUUCAGACAUUAAAAGUAUAGAUAAUCUGUGGCAGUGUGUAAAGGAGAUGGGGAAAACAGCAUGCAAAUAUCCUGCUUCUGUCAUAUGCGAAGGUUAUACGAGACUGCAGCUCAAAGGAAACACAUCAAAUGUCUGUUCUGGGCAGCUGGAAACAGAGGGAAAUGGCACAUGGAAGCCUUAUGAAAUAAACAUAACCAGUCCUGAUGUGUGGUGCCAGCAAAUGUACUGUGGUACCAGCCACAGUUGGGAUGACGAUGGCAAACGGCUGACAUGCACAGACAAUGUUAAGGUUGUUCUGAUGGAUGGUAAAAAACCCAGCAAGUGCUAUGGUGCAGUUCAUAUUAAUGUGAAUGGUUCACAGUACCCUGUAUGCGCCUCCACCUGGACCGGAACCGAAGCUGAUGUGGUUUGCAGGGAGCUAAGCUGCGGGAAUGUGGUUAGUCAUAAUAAUAUUCCGGGGUCUACGGAACAAGGGGCGAUGGACAAUGUGAAAUGCUUAGGCAGUGAGUCCUCACUGUGGCACUGUCGGGCCAAGCGUGACAACAAUGCUCUACAUUGUUCAUCCACAAUUCACCUAGUCUGUGCAGGUAGUAUAGCAGUGAGAUUGACAGACGGUCCUGGAAAAUGUGCUGGGAGACUGGAGAUCCAGCAUGAGGGUGGAUGGAGACAGGUUGAUAAAAAUGGAUGGACAGACAUCAAUUCAGACACUGUCUGCAAACAAAUGAAGUGUGGGAGAAAUUCCGCCAGUCUUGAAAAAUUCAGACAGGGUUCAGGUGAUUUCCUUCGUCAUAUCGUGAGUUGCAACUCAAGCGACUCACACAUAUCUGCGUGUUUUACUAAUAAAAUGUCAAACAACGCAUUCGGGAAGGAGGAGACAGUGGGAAUAACCUGCCAGGAGCACCGGGUGGUAUUUCUGGCGGGAGGUGAGGCCUGUUCUGGCAUGGUGGGGAUAGAGCAUGGCAACAAUACCUACUGGCUCUCCGGUUCUGACACUACGUGGAACAAUGAGUCUGCAGGCGCAGUGUGUCGGCAGAUGAACUGUGGGGGAGUUUUCAACUACACUUCCUCCACCCGUAAUACCCAUAUGGAGACAUGGGAUAAAGCUUACAACUGCUCAUCUGACUCCAAAUCUCUGUUUGAAUGUGAAAUUAAGACACGGUCAUCUGUCGACAAUGACACUAUUGCCACUGUGUUCUGUUCAGGAAAAAUCAAAGUAAACCUGACCAAGAAGUGUUGGGGGGAAGUCAACGUUUGUUUGGAAGGAAGGUGUGGAGGUGUGUGUGCAGACUCCUGGACAUUCAACCAAUCCAUGAAGCUGUGUAAAGACCUUGGUUGUGGGGAUAACGUCCUUCAACCCAUCAAAAAGCCUACAGAAACUCAGGUGAUCGUAAAGAGUCUGCACAGUACAAAGCAGACUACCCCCCUUACCCAUUCCAACUUCGUAAGAAUGGCUGAAGAUGAUACCACCUGUAACCAAAACCCAGCCUAUGUCGUUUGCUCAGGUAGUGUCAAGCCCAGAUUUAAUUCUUCCAGAGACAAAUGUUCUGGAAAUGUGGAGAUUUUCUAUGAAGGCGACUGGCUCCAAGUGUGCAAGGCUGCUCUUCAAAAUAAAGAAGCACAGCACGUCAUCUGUGAGGAGCUGGAAUGUGGUCAGGCUGUCAGCAGUACUGACUACCUCGGGGUUGAACAAAAAACGCUUCAUGCCGUUUCGAAGUUAGAGUGUUCUAAGAAUGACAUAAAGUCAUUAAAAGCAUGUCGAAUCGAAGCUCAAAGCUCGAGCUGCGCUUUUGCUGGCCUCCAGUGCACCAACUGGAGAAAGAUGACAGUCAGCGACGGCUGCAGUGGAGCGGUAUCUAUUCACUCAAAUGGAAAUCAUAGCGCCGUUUCCAGUGAGGGCUGGACAGAAACUGAAGGGGAGAGGCUUUGCAAGGAUCUGGACUGUGGCAGCUUCAAAUCAAAAAAGAUUUACAAUACAUCGGGAAAUCCUUCUCUCUGGGCAAGAAAUUUCAGCUGUGCACCUGGAAAGAAUCCAAAAAACAUCUGGGACUGUGAAACGCAAGCCUCAGGCAAAGAUGCAGCAAAGACGCAGCAGCUCUUUAUUGAAUGUGAAGAUGAGCCCAAUGUCACCUUGUCAGAGAAAUGUCAUGGUUUAGUGAAGAUAAAUGAUGUGGAAGUGUGCAACAGUGGCUGGAACAAGAAGUAUUCAGACUUGAUUUGCCAAGAACAAGGUUGCAGCAAUGCUUUAUCAACUUACUCAGACCUACAGCCUAAACCAGAUGCUAAGUACUACCACGUCAGUUGUGAUGACUACCAUCACAAACUUGGCCAGUGCAGGAGAGUCUUGGGAAAAUGUGAUCAAACGUUGGUGAAUGUUUACUGUGUUGGUGAUAUCAAGUUCAAAACCAAAGAAACAUGCGGAGGUCAGCUUCAAAUAUAUUAUAGAAAAAAAUGGGAAGAUAUUUGUCCCCUGAGUCUUACUAAGACCUUUUUGGAUAAGCUAUGUGAAGUGCUUGGUUGUGAAAAUUACAUUGAACAAUUUCUUAAAUCUGAGUCAGGCAACCUCGACCUGAAACUAUCAAUGGAAUGCUCCGACGAUCACCUGGACAUAAAACACUGUCUCAAAGAAAUGUCUUGUCAAAGAAAAAGGCCUGCUGAGAUCUACUGUACAGGGUAUGUCACCAACCAAACCACACCAACGCCACAGUCCAAGACCGCGACAGUGGCUAUUAGCGUAGGAGUAGGAUCGCUUUUGGUUCUGGUGACACUGUUUUUUUUAUUUGUACGAAUCUGCAUUGUCAAGAAAUUCAAGAACGUCAUGAACACACCGUCGAAAAUGCUGUCAAGAAAAGAAGUAGAGUUUGAAAGUGGUGACUAUGAGGAUAUCACAAGCAAAGCAAAUGAAAUGGAAGACUUCAAUCGUGGCAGAUUCAGAUCACAGACUGACGUCAUCAAGGAGAAUGAUGCACAUAGCAAUUCCUCUUUUCCUUACGAUGAUGUUGAUGAAGCAGUUGAAGCUCAGCCCCUGACCUCUCAUGCUGCCAUUGAUGUUGCCUCAAGAGUCAACUACUUCCAUGAAGGCGCCCCCGAUCAAAGCGAUGAUGGGGUGACCUACGAAGUGGACGACCCACAGGAGAGUUAUGACGACAUUGAACCCAGCCCUGAAAUCACACAGACUAAAGCUGAAGUCCAUGACGGCCCCAGAACUACACCUAAAAGCAAUGCAGUGGCACCUCCAGAACUGGUGCAGGGCAAUGAGGACUACUUAGAGCCGGGCCAAGAUGGGUGAGCCAAACCUGGGUUUAAAACCUACUGAAAUAAAAUUCAAUCGGGCAAAGUGGAUCACCCCAAAACCCAGGCCCCUUUUUACCCUUACAAAAUUGAAAAACUUUCUUAAAAAAAAUUGAAAUUACCAACAGACAAAUAAUAUUUAAGUCUUUUUUUUUUUAUACAGCAGACAUUUGCUGAAGUGGUUAUAAAUAAAUUUACUGAUAAUACAAAAAUUUAGUUUAAAAAAAAAAUCCGGAUGCAUCUCUGGAUAUAACAAGUUGAGUUAUGCAUUUCGAUCUGAAAUACAGAUAGGUACAAGAUUCUACAGUUUAUGACUAGGAAAAAGAACAUGUUUCUGACUGAUUGUGUACUGCUCUUUAGCAAACCUUCCAGCGAGAUAAAUUUUUGCCUCAUACCAUUUCAUUUUCCAUGUAUUAUUAAAUGUACAACAGCUGAGAAAAACUUUAUUUUUGUUCAAAUGUGCGAAGUUAGAGUCAUAAGAAUUUCAGUAGAGUGCUAAAUUGUAAUUUCAUCUUUAUAUCUUUCUCUUUUUUAAAAUCUACAUUCUAUUGCUGAUUUUAGGGCUUUUAGAAAAUGUGUUCAGAAUGAUUUAAAAUCAUGAAUGAGUUUUUGAUUCAACAUAUGUUUGUUUAAAAAAGAUCAUGUAUAUACAGUAAUUGAACUUCUAUGAUUUCUGCAAUAUUGUAUGAGAAACUGUUUUUGCAAUAGUUUGUCAAUUUAUCUAUCAACUGAAAUCCAUCAAAACACAUGUAUGAACAAGAUCUAAAUGGUCAUAAAAUUAGCUCCAUAAAGCACUUGGUUAGCAACAAUGUAAUAAACGUUACAUGAGACAAACUCCUUGUGUAAGUCAGCUGAUACAGUGGACUCAUUGUAUAUUUUCAAGUUUAUAGGCUUUAUAAGAAUUCAUAACAUUGAGAUUUCACUGUCACAUUCAUGUUUUUCUGAGGAAUAGUUGCCGAGAGUUAGAUGAGAACACUGAUACCACUCUCAUAUCUGUAAUGUCUGGUAAAAACGAAGGUACAGGCAGCAGCCGGUUAGCUUAGCCUAGCAUAAAGACUGGAAAGAGAGGAAAACUGGCCCUGUCCAAAGGUAACAACAUCCUGCUACAAACACCUCGAAAACAAACAAAUUAAUGUGUUGUGUCUCAUUUAAGUUUCCCCAUGUAGCGGUUUUAUGCAUGGUAAGGUUAUGUGCCGGACUAUUUUCUUGUUGUGGAGUUUUUCAGCAUUAUUUUUAUAAUAAAUUAAACAAAAAGACCUAUAGUGUUAAUUACUAAGCUUUAGAAGUGAUGGUGGACAGAGCCAGGCUAGCUGUUUCCCCCCCGCUUCCAGCCUUUAUGCUAAACUAAUCUAGCUGACUUUAGGCCCUAUCUUCCUAGUUAGUAUGCAGACAUGAGAGUGGUAUCAUUCUCCAAAUCUAACUUUUGGCAGGAAAAUGAAUAAACAUAUCUCCAAAAAUGUCAAACUAUUGCCGUAAACACCGUCAUUGCCAUUGAUGUCUAAUCUUAGUGACAGUUUUAAUUGACUUUUUGUUCAUACCAAGAAAAGGUCAGAAUUGUAAGAACAACGUAGGUGUUGUCAAACCGGCGGGUAAAGUACUUGAAUUUACUAAUCUGGUGAAAAAAAUACAGUGAUCUGACUUUUGUACGUAUUUUUCAAGCUGUGUUAUGUACUUUCAGUUACUGGUGAUUCUUGAAAACUCGCUGUAUGUCUUGCUACUUCGUGUCACACUUCCGAAUUAAAUUCAGACAGUGAAUAAAUUACAGUGUCUUGUGGCACUGGAGCAAUGACCAA